AUGUUAAAGGUAUCACCAUGGAAAGGAGUGAUACGUUUUGGCAAACGGGGGAAACUAAAUCCUAGGUACAUAGGACCAUUUGAAAUUUUGGAAAGGAUUGGUCCUAUAGCAUACAAACUACAGUUGCCACAAGAACUUAGUGGUGUUCACAACACCUUUCAUGUGUCAAAUUUGAAGAAAUGUCUAGCUGAUGAGAACCUCAUCAUUCCUCUAGAAGAACUUCAGUUGGAUAACAAGUUGCAAUAUAUUGAGGAACCUGUAGAGAUAAUGGAUCGAGAUGUCAAAAGGCUAAAACAAAGUCGUAUCCCAAUAGUUAAAGUUCGGUGGAACUCUAGGCGAGGCCCAGAGUUUACGUGGGAACGUGAAGAUCAGAUGAAACAAAAGUAUCCCCACCUCUUCACAACUACUCCAGGUACCUCAACCUAA